AUGGAGAAUUUCAAUCCAAAAAGCGUGGAAGAGGUUUUCAAACAAUUCAAGGGUCGAAGGACUGCCUUACUCAAAGCUCUCACUACGGAUUUUGAUGAAGUUUAUAGGCGGUGUGACCCUGCAGAGAAAAGGAGGCUUUGCCUUAUUGGACAUCCAGGUGAACGAUGGGAAGUGAAUUUAGCAGAAGAAGUUAUGCAUCCAGUGCUUCCUCAACCCAUUGGGGGCAUUAACUUUGCUCGAGAUACAAUGGACAAAAGGGAAUGGCUACUUGCUGUUGCUCUUCACUCUGACACGUGGCUACUUGCUGUUGCAUUCUCUUUUAGUUCAAGAUUUGGCCAUAACAAAGCUGAUAAGAGUCGGCUUUUCGAUAUGAUAAAUAAACUCCCUACCAUUGUACAAGUUGUAUCAGGGAAAGCUAAGGAACCACCACAACACAAGCCAAAACUGCCCAAAGUUGACCGCCAGCCAAAGAGAAAGUGGCCAACACCACCGGCAAGAAUUUGGAAAGAUGAGGCAAUAGUGUGUGGAAAAUGCAAUGAGGGGUAUAUAAUAGGUGACUUGUGGGUACACUGUUGCGAAUGCGAAAGCUCUUUCCAUAUGAUGAAAUGCCUCAACUUCACGGAUCAGAAUCGUCAGCUAUUUGUAUGUUCUUCAUGUGGACUCAAACCAUUCGCCAGAAGUGCCGCAGGGCCAUCCACAAAAAUGCGAAAAUUUUGA